GUUUACAAUAGUCUCUCCAUUCUUCUUCAUAAGAAUUAAGUUAAGUAAAGCAGCACUAUCUCCUCUCUUGCUAAUUCCAUUAAGAUCAUGGCUCCUGAAUACUAUGAUUUUGGACCAUACAAGAUCCAUCACAGUUCAGUGUUCUAUACAAAUGAUCUGUGUUUCGCCUUUGUCAACCUUCGUCCGGCUGUGCCUGGUCAUGUUCUGAUCUGUCCAAAGCGCGAAGUCAAGCGUGUUGCUGAUCUCACUGCUGAAGAGAUUACUGAUCUGUGGAUGAUAUCACAGAAAGUUGGUAGGCAGCUUGAGAGCUAUCAUAAGGCAUCAUCACUUACAUUUUGUAUCCAAGAUGGGCCACAAGCAGGUCAAUCAGUACCUCAUGUUCAUAUCCAUAUCCUUCCUCGGAUGAGUCGUGAUUAUGAGAACAAUGAUGACAUUUAUGAAGAUAUAAAUAAAAAGGAGAAAGAGUUGAAAGAAAAGCUUGAGGUGGAUAAAGAGAGGAAAGACAGAAGCCUUGAAGAAAUGGCUCUUGAGGCAGAUGAAUACAGAAAGUUCAUCAUUUGAUGCUUUAAAAUUUGCAACAGAAUAAUAUUUGAACAUUACCAAAAUCUUAUAUUUUAAAAGAGAAAAAGAAGAUUUCCUGAUUAAACAUUUAACCACCAAACUCUCAAUUUUCUAGUCUAUUUGGACAACUUAUAUACUUUGUGGUAAUCAAAGAAUAACCUGUUUCUUUCCUUGAAACUUGAGUUGCAAACCUGGAUUG